AUGGCUACGAUAGAAAAAUGCAAAUCCAAAUCACGUUUCUUCGAUCGAAUCUUCCCUCCGCGUCCCCUAGGCGCUUGCCUUGCUAAUUCCGCCCCUCCUCCCAAUUCAAUUUGCCAAUCUUUCUUCAAGGUAGCCUCCACCGUGAAAUCCAGGGCCGCCUCCCUUUUUCCCUUCGACGCGGGCUGCGUCUAUGAUCCAUGGGGCGACGCCGUCGACGGACUGACUUGCACGACGCAGAUGGGAUUGACAUUGCCGGAAUUUGAUCGAGACGCCAUCGUUAUUGGGGGAAUGGAGAUGAGGAGAUGGAAGCCUUGUGUGGUAGACGGAUUUGAAGGAUUCGAGAUUGGAGAUGAAGCCGAGAAGGAGAAACCUAUUUUACUCCAAGGUUUUGCUUAA